UCCAAUUGCAAUUUUGCAACGAGAGAGAAGAAAAGAGCUCGAAAAAAAAAAGAAAGAAGAAAAACAAAGCGCGUAAAGAGAAGCGAGAGAAAUCGGAGAGGAAGAUGGGGGAAGAGGCGGCGAAGCAAAUGGCGGAAGCCCCGGGCAAGAUUGAAUCCAUGAGGAAGUGGGUCAUCGACCACAAGCUCCGCGCCGUAGGUUGCCUAUGGCUUACUGGGAUCAGCAGCUCGAUUGCGUACAACUGGUCGAGGCCCAAUAUGAAGACUAGCGUCAAGAUCAUCCAUGCAAGGUUGCAUGCUCAAGCCCUAACACUAGCAGCGUUAGUGGGAUCUGCAAUGGUAGAGUACUAUGACGCGAAGUACGGCACAUCUGGACCGAAGGUGGACAAGUACACAAGCCAAUACCUGGCGCAUUCACAUAAAGAUUAAGAUCUUCAUAUUCGCUGUUGGAUGGCGGGUUAUUUUAGGUUCAUUUUGGGGUUCCUAUGAGCUCCCCAUGAUGAUUAUUUUGUCUCCUUAACUACAAAUGAAACUUGCCAGGGCAUUCCUGAGCAACGAGGGUGUAAUACAGGGUUGAUCUGCAUAGAUCAAUUUCAGAUUGCGAUAUGUAACCUCACUUGCUGACAAUCUUAUUUUAUUAUUUUUCAACGAGGAAAAGUGUUCCUGUCUUGCAUUGAAUCUGUCUUAGUUUUCUGCAGUUGAAUCUGCCGUAAGAUAGAA